ACUGCAUUCGAACAAGGAACAGCUUCACUGACGUUACAUCGUAUAAUAUGGGCUGAUUCAAGCGAUCCUGAUCGCCGGCUUAUCCUCCAUCAUUCUCUUGUGAAGUCUACGGAGAAACAUCACAAAUCGAUGUUCAGUCGUGGAGGGAAGAUUAUCGUUCGUCUUGAACCAGCGCCGGCGAACAGUGUUGGACCGCAACGAACGAGUCCAUUUAAUUAUAUACGUCUCGUGUUUCGAGCCGGUGGCGAAGAAGACUUCCACAAAAAAUAUGAAGAAGCUUUGAAGCGAAAAACCUGGCAACGUUCAAGCUCAGGGUCAAGCUCGGGCGGA